CAAGAUUCAAGGGCCCAUUUAAAAGCCUUGUUACCCAAAUCUAGAAUGCAGUUCAGAACAAAGUAAACGAAAAUCAAAAACGCCAAACAAAGGCUAUUCUCUGUCGUCGCCGAACACCUUCUCCUGCGUAGUCACCGGAGAAACUCCUGUCGACGGGUUUAAGAAGAAGAAGAAGAUGGAUAUAAUAUCACAGUUGCAAGAACAAGUGAAUUCCAUAGCUGCAAUCACUUUCAAUGCUUUUGGGACUCUCCAAAGAGAUGCACCUCCCGUUCAGCUUUCUCCUAAUUACCCUGAACCACCAACCGCUGCUGCAGCUGCUGCCGCUGCUACAGCUACUACGGCGGCUACUGAUGCAGAUCCUACCGCCGCUUUUCCUGAGCAACCUAAGCAGCUCAGUGCCGAUUUAGUCAAGGCUGCUAAACAGUUUGAUGCUUUGGUUGCGGCACUUCCUUUAUCAGAAGGAGGUGAAGAAGCUCAGCUCAAAAGAAUCGCUGAACUCCAGGUGGAAAACGAUGUUGUUGGCCAAGAACUCCAAAAGCAACUAGAGGCUGCAGAGAAGGAGCUGAAGCAAGUUCAAGAGCUAUUUGGACAAGCAGCAGACAAUUGCCUUAACAUGAAGAAACCAGAGUGAAAAUGAUUAAUCUUGUGUAUCAAACUGAAUCAGAAACUAAUAUAAUUUGGUUCAGCAACAAUUAUGUUUUAGGUUCCAGAAGUAAUAGAAGUUGUGAUUUGGUUCAUCAAAAAAUUGUUGCAGAAGCAAUUAUAAGAAUGCUCUUUAGUUAACAACAACAAAAUAAUAACUAUAAUAUUACUCUGUUUUC